AUGGCCGUCGGAUCGAUACCCACGGCAGUACAGCCAAGAAGCGUGAAACCGAGGUGGGAAGACAUAGUCCUUAAGCUUUUAUCUGUCGACCCCAGUAGUUAUGAUGAUGCGCCGGCAGAAGGUAUUCGCCGGGUCCUGGAGACCAUCUCCGGCAAGGCGAUUCCCAGAGACGCUCCAAUUCCCAAAGACCUGAUCCAUUCUAUUCGUAUGGGAACAACAGUCGCUACAAAUGCGUUGUUGGAACGGAAAGGAACGAGACAUGCGUUCGUUGUCAAUCAAGGCUUCGGUGACUUAUUAGAAAUUGGGUAUCAGUCCAGACCCAAGCUAUUUGAGCUUGGCAUAAAAAACCAGAGUUGCUCUACGAGACAGUCGUUGAGGUAUCUGAGCGCAUCACAGUCGAAGAGUUCGACGAAGAUGCCACAAGAGAUAGUCGCCCUCCACGCCAGGAGAUCCCUGGACCCUGGUGUCCUAGUAAAAGGCAUCGCCGGCGAUAUCUUGCGCAUCAUUCGUCCCUUAAAUGAGGUUGAAGUACGGGAAAAGCUAGCAAAAAUCAAACCAGAGGGUAUAGAGACGCUUGCUAUCUGCUUAGCUCACUCGUAUCUCUACCCGAACCACGAGAAUCGCAUUGCCGAAAUCGCCAAGGAGAUGGGCUUUACUCAUAUCUCGACGUCUUCUUCGCUCGAUAUUAAUACGGUAGCUGUCGGUGGCGGUUCUAUGUUAUUCUGGAGAGAUGACUUAUUCAAAGUCGGGCCUGAUAGCGCGGGCGCUCACCCGGGACCGGCUUCGUAUCGGAAAGGGGGGCCACUUACGGUUACCGAUGCAAACCUAUUCCUUGGGCGAUUGAUACCCGAUUAUUUCCCCAAGAUCUUCGGUCCCACACAAAUCAAUGCGGACACUGGAAGUUCGAUGACACCUCUCGAGGUUGCUCACGGCUUCAUCGACGUAGCAAAUGAGUCUAUGAGCCGCCCCAUUCGUGCGCUCACAGAGGCGAAAGGCUUCGAAACUCAGCAAAAUGCACUUUCGACUUUGGCGGUGCCGGCGGUCAACAUGCGUGACCUCAAGGCGAAGGUUACCGAAGGGCUGCUCGACCAAGGAAUUCGAGAAGCGGCUAUCGAACAUGAACAAUACCUAAACUUGAGAUAUCAAGGCACCGAUACUAAUUUCAUGAUCUUGGUUCCUGUUGACGGAGACUGGAGGGCGGCACUCGAAAGGGAACAUCUAAGGGAGCUGUCAUUCGUUUUCCCUCGUGAUAAGAAAGUUCGCGUUGACGACGUACGAGUACGGGGUGUUGGGAAGAGCACUGAAGUUAGCCACGACAACUCGAAGCUGGUAAAGGAGUUGAAGUCUAAUUUCUCAGAAGUCAAAGAGGGUGAAGAUAGAAUAACACAAGCUUACUUUGCAGAAGGCGGGCUGCAACCGACGAAAGUCUUCCGACUCAACGCAAUAGAUCCGGGCAGCAUCCAAGAACUAGUAGUCGAUCCCGUCAAGCUUAAUAUCUUCGGCCACCGGUUCAUGAGUAUCGCGGAGCAGAUGGGAAGGGCACUUCAAAAGACUAGCGUUUCAAUUAAUAUCAAGGAACGAUUGGAUUUUUCGUGCGCCAUCUUCAGCCCGGAUGGUCAGCUCGUUGCUAAUGCACCUCACGUUCCUGUUCAUCUAGGAAGCAUGUCGUAUGCCGUCAAGCUGGUGGUACUCAUCUUCCAGGCAAGGCUCAAGGCCCUCAUGGAAGAAUAUGGCAAGCACACCGUCCAUUUCUACAUGACCAGAAUCCAAGAAAACGUCGAGGUCUCCGUUCGAAAUUAUCUCAAGUCUGCAUAUAAGAGAUACGGAUCAAAGCCGCUCAAGGCAAAGCAAUUCUUGGAUAAUGGGUCCAUGAUGAAAGUCUCCAUAACCAUCGACGAGAGCGGAUUCGGCACCUUCGAUUUCACGGGCACAUCCUGCGAGAUGUUAUCAAAUAUGAACGCGCCUCCGGCUAUUACUUACUCAGCGUUAAUCUACACGCUCCGACUCCUGAUCGGCUCCGAUAUCCUGCUAAAUCAGGGGCGGGGACAGGUCGAUAUGAAGGAGGGGGAUAGGUGUGUUAUACAUACCCCUGGAGGAGGUGGCUGGGGCGUACCAGAGGGUGUUGGGGAGGGUGACGAUGAUUGGUUUGAUGGGGGCGUCAGAGUGGUGAAUGGUGUUAACGGAAAUGGGAUAAAUGGGACGAAUGGGGAGGCUCAAGUUGUGUAUCCGAGGGCGGCAGGGAGCUUUCACACAUUUGCGGCGGCUCAAGAGGCGUCGUCUUGA